ACGGAAGUGCCGGGCGCCGGGCGGAAGCGGCGACAAGGGCGGCGGAGACGCAGAUGCCUGGUUCUAUCAUACUCUUAAGUACACAAAGGCAAUGCAGAGGAACUAACAACACUGCAGCUUGCUGCUGCAGGAUCACGUGAGCUUGGAGAUUGGGUGUGCGAAAGGAUUCUUUGUACAAAUAGAAAUUCUGGCCAGUGAAGGUCAGUUUCUCUGCUCGAGCGAGAACAAUGUUGUUUCCCUUCUAAUCAGAUGCACACAGCGACUGAAGAAUCCAGGAGCCCCACAAUUAAGAUGCUCUGGUUUCAAGGAAAGAGCAUGCGACUUGCCCAAUACUCCUUUCAACUCCUUUGGAGAAAUGUCUCUGCUUCUAAGACUGCUCUGCCUGUGCUGACCUUAUUCACAAAGGAUCCAUGCCCCCUUUGUGAUGAAGCCAAGGAAGUACUGGAGCCUUAUAAAAACAGGUUUAUUCUACAGGAGGUGGACAUCACACUUCCAGAAAACUCUGCUUGGUAUGAAAGGUACAAACUUGACAUCCCUGUCUUUCAUUUGAAUGGCCAGUUUCUGAUGAUGCAUCGAGUGAACAUCUCAAAACUUGAAAAACAGCUCCAGAAACUUGAGCAGCAAGGUGCCGAAGGCUGAUGAACGCCCUCGUGAUUUUCUACCUGCUCUGUCAGGAAGGCAUUUCCCUGUGGCCUCAUAGUCCUUUUGUCACUUUCAUGCAGCUCAAAGGAUGUUCUCUGCCCAUCAGUGGUACCAAAUAAAUGGUGAUCUUCCUCUUCUGAUGAAUCGAAGUACCAAUAUGGGAACUGUUUACCUGUUGGCAUUUUAUAAAAUGAGAGAGCAUUUGGCAGGGAGGGGAUGAUGGAGGGCAGGAGAAAUCCACUUGUUUUCUUUAUUUUUCUCUUUUGUAUUAAUAUGGAAGCAUUUCACAUUCACUGGCUGGAGCCAUUUAUAGAAGAAGGCUCUGUGUCCCUGCUGCUACCCUAAGGGCUUAACUUUUUAAUGAAAGAAUAAAUGUUCUUCCACUUGGUAGAUAAAGUGAAAUGUGAAUUGUUAAUAACUGUGCACAGUCAAUAAAAGGAUGUUUUAACAAAUA